CAGGAGGGGGGGUGGGGGGGAAGAGAGAGAAAGUAACCGACUACCAAGUAAGAGAGAAAGAAAGAAAGGCUCACCUUCUCAGAUAUUCCAUGCUCCACUGUGGAUAGAACGACAACAAAUCAUAAAACGACAAAAAGCAGCCCUCACGCAUUGUCGACAACGUAGCCGUGUACUAGUCUAUGAUCUCUCUUAAUUGGAACGAAUUGACUCUCUUUGUCACAAAUUAAAACCACAGAAAAACAGAGAAAGCGAGGUCUUUUAUUUCAUAGAGAGGUUUUGAGGAGGGAACCUUGGAGUUUUCAUGUGGGUUUUUGAUCAAUUGCAAAACCCAGUAAGGAUUUUCAUGCUCUUUAUUUUCUUGGCUAGUUUUUUGAAGUAGUUCUUUUUCUAUGUUUUUUUACUGUUUUAAUUUGGUUCUUUCUUUGUGGAAUUUAGCUUAAUUGGUCUUUGUUUCUUAAUCCCAGUUUAGCUUUCUUUUGAGAUUUCUGUACACCUGUUCAAUCUCCCUUAGCCGACUACAAAUUGAUAGUAGUUACUUUCAUCAAAAUCCUCUGUUUGAUUGAUCCAUUGGAUUUGUUCUUAUCUUCACUUCUCUUGGUUCAAUCGGUGAAUUCAUUUUUUGAAGUUCUAUCCGAGGGUAAACAAUCAUUUCUCAUAGUUUGUAAUCAUGCAAAUUUGAUUCUUUGCAUGAAAUCAUGUGUCGUAUGCUUGCGAAUCCUUGAUUUCGCUUUUUCUUUCUUUGUGAAGUGAAUUUCUUAAACCCAUCUUUUGUUGUCAAUUGUAUUCCUCCUUGGCUCCCUAAUUCCAUAGCUGUUAUCAUUGAGUAUUUUAGUGGCACCGUCAAUGUAUCAAGAUGAUGGAUCAUCUUCUGUAACAUCAUCACCUCUCCAAGUUUUCUCCACGAUGCCAGUUUCACCUAGCAUGGGAUCGCCAUAUCCCUGGGUUAGAGAGCUAAAAUCCGAGGAGAGGGGUUUGUAUUUGAUCCAUUUAUUGCUCACUUGUGCAAACCACGUUGCCUCUGGUAGCCUUGAAAAUGCAGAGAUUGCCCUUAGUCAAAUCUCCCAUCUAGCCUCUCCUGAUGGGGAUACCAUGCAGCGCAUCGCUGCAUACUUUGCUGAGGCGCUUGCUCGUAGGAUCGUCAAAGCCUGGCCUGGUAUUGACAAGGCCCUCAACGCUACUCAAAUAACUUUGGUUUCUGAGCAAAUCUUAGUUCGCAAACUGUUUUAUGAUAUGUUUCCAUUCAUGAAAGUCGCUUUUGUGCUGACGAAUCAAGCUAUAAUUGAAGCCAUGGAAGGGGAGAAAAUGGUUCAUGUAAUUGAUCUUCACGCAGCUGAACCUGCUCAGUGGAUUGCGCUCCUUCAAGCUUUUAGCGUGAGGCCUGAGGGACCACCCCAUCUGAGAAUCACAGGGAUUCAUCCGCAGAAAGGGGUAUUAGAUCAAAUGGCUCACAAGCUAAUUGAAGAAGCAGAAAAGUUGGAUAUCCCAUUUCAGUUUAAUCCCAUUGUUAGCAAAUUAGAGAAUCUUGAUAUUGAAAUAUUGCGUGUUAAAACUGGGGAGGCUCUAGCUAUCAGUUCAAUUCUUCAAUUGCAUUCUUUUUUGGCCUCUGAUGAUGAAUUGAGGAAGAAAUCUCCAUCGACAUUGAAGAAUUCAAAUGGAAUUAACAUGCAAAGAGUCCUUCAAAUGAAUCAAAACACAUUAGGAGAGCUGCUCGAGAAAGACACGGCUAAUGGAUAUAGCCCAAGUCCUGACUCCGCCUCGUCAUCACCACUAUCUUCAACUGCUUCGGUGAAGAUGGAUUGCUUCCUUAACUCCCUGUGGGGUUUGUCACCGAAACUCAUGGUGGUAACUGAACAGGAUUCUAACCACAAUGGAUCAACUCUUAUGGAGAGGCUACUGGAGGCACUAUACACUUAUGCCGCAUUAUUUGAUUGUUUGGAAUCUACUGUAUCUAGAACAUCGAUGGAAAGGUUGAAGGUGGAGAAGAUGCUUUUCGGAGAUGAAAUAAAGAACAUUAUAGCAUGUGAGGGAGCUGCUAGGAAGGAAAGACAUGAAAAACUCGAGAAGUGGAUCCAAAGGCUUGAUUUGGCUGGGUUUGGAAACGUGUCUUUGAGCUACUACGGUAUGCUGCAGGCAAGAAGGUUGUUGCAAGGUUAUGGUUGCGAUGGGUAUAGAAUGAAAGAAGAAAAUGGAAGUGUAGUAAUUUGCUGGCAAGAUCGGCCUCUUUUUUCUGUUUCAGCUUGGAGGUGUAGGAAGUAAGAACCCAAGGUUGAUCCGUUGGUAGUGAGAGUUUUUCUUGUUAUCCCCUUUUUGUAUGGAAGAAUUUUGUUCUUCUGCAAAUGUAUACUGACUGGAAUGAUUUGAAAGCUCUUUCCAUACUCUCAA